AUGGCGCUAGACAUUUCUCAGUUGACCACGCAAAGCGACGCUUCGUUGAACACUCCUGCCGAUGGUUAUCAGAUACCUGAUAUUACCUUUCGUGAUCCUAACAAUCGACGCCUCAAGGUCCUCACAAUUGGUGCAGGACUUUCAGGGAUCAUGAUGGCAUAUCAUAUCCAGAAACAAUGCCAGAAUGUUGAGCAUGUCAUUUACGAAAAGAAUCCUGACAUCGGAGGAACUUGGUACGAAAAUAGAUACCCAGGCGCCGCUUGCGAUGUUCCUUCACACGCAUAUGCAUUCCCUUUUGCUCUCAAUCCUGAUUGGCCAAAAUAUGCUAGUGGUUCUAAAGAUAUCUGGAAUUAUCUGAAUAAGGUCUGCGAAGUUUUCGAUCUUAAGAAAUACAUGACCUUCAAUACUGAGAUUGUCGGAUGUUUUUGGGACGAGGACACUGGGAAAUGGACUGUCAAGAUGAAGCAGACAUCAGAGUCUGGCGAGAAGCAAUUUGAGGAGACAUGUGACUUGCUACUACAUGCAACAGGUAUAUUGAAUAAUUUUAAAUGGCCAAAUAUCAAGGGUAUUGAGAAAUUCAAAGGAAAAGUUAUUCAUACGGCAAGAUGGCCAGAUGACUAUCAAGAAGAACGAUGGAAGAAUGAGUCUGUGGCAAUCAUUGGCUCCGGAGCUUCUUCGAUUCAGACAUUGCCUAACAUGCAACCCCACGUUAAGCACAUCGAUGUUUACAUACGUACCCCGGUAUGGUUCAUCUCGGUUGCUGGAAAUGAUGGAAGAAGCAAAGAAUAUACCACGGAGCAACGUGAAAAGUUUAGGAACGACUUGCCGGCGCUUAUUGAGCAUACAAAGUACUUGGAAAAUAGGAUAAAUGGUCUUUGGGAUUUAUUCUUCGAGGACAGCAAGGCUCAAAAAGAUGCUCAAAAAUUGUUUGGGGCACGAAUGGCCGACAUUAUAAAAGAUAAGAGGCUGCUGCAAGGCUUGACUCCUAGUUUUUCUCUCGGUUGUCGCAGAAUUACUCCUGGCGAUCCUUACAUGACGGCAAUUCAAGAGCCAAACGUGGAUGUCCAUUUUUCUGCAGUUGAGGAGAUUACAGAAGACUCUGUUAUUGACAGCGAAGGUCAGGAAUGUAAAGUGGAUACAAUAAUCUGUGCCACAGGCUUCGAUGUCUCAUACCGCCCUCGCUUCCCAAUAAUAGGUCAAAAUGGAGUUGAUCUUCGAGAAAAAUGGAAGACAAUCCCAGAAUCAUAUCUUGGUCUCGCGGUACCAGAUAUACCAAAUUUCAUUACUUUCAUUGGACCAACAUGGCCCAUUACCAAUGGAUCAGUUUUGGGGCCUCUUGGCGAGGUAGCUAACUAUGCUGUCAAACUCAUCAAAAAGAUGCAGAAAGAAUUCAUCAAGUCAUUCGCUCCAAAGCAAGAUAUAACGGAUCUUUUCAAUGCACAUACGCAAGAGUUCAUGAAGAAAACUGUUUGGAGCUCAGGCUCAGGUUGUCGUUCUUGGUAUAAAAACAAUGAGACAGGACGAGUAAAUGCGGUUUGGCCCGGUAGCUCCUUGCAUUAUAUGGAGGUGAUCGAGGACCCAAGAUACGAAGAUUAUAACAUAACAUACCAAAAUAAACAUAACCCAUGGGCAUACCUUGGCCUCGGCUUCACCAUCUCCGACCGCACAAAAGGUGCGGAUAUAUCACCAUAUCUUAAUGAAGAGGCCAUCGAUCCGGCGUGGUUGGAAGUUAUGAAAUCUGGAGCCCUUGCAGCAGAUCGCGAUAUAUGA